CAAUCACUCAGAAAACGCGACAGGAUCACAAGAGAGGCGGCCCAAUGGAUGUGGAUGGCCACCCAUGACGCAUACAUGAUAGGGACGAAGUGGCUGAGACCAAACAUGUCACCCGAACAAAGAGAUCGCGCGACAUGCAAGAAGUGCGGAUCGAUCGAAACAAUGGAUCACAUACUUUUCGAGUGCGAAGCGAAAGGAAGAAAGGAAAUCUGGAAACUUCUUGAUAAAGCCUGGAGAGCAUCCGGUGGCCGACGACUGAAGCCAUCGUGGGGGACGAUAAUAGCAGCAGGAAAUGCGGAGAUCAAGAUGAGAAACGGAAAGAAGAACCAUGAUGCAGAGAAGAGAUGGGCGAUACUGAUAUCCGAGUCGGCGUACUUGGUGUGGAAACUGAGAUGUGAGAGAGUCAUUGCGAACAACGGAGACGAGUUCAGUAACAAAGAGAUAGAAAACAGGUGGUACGCCACAAUAGAUAGACGCUUGACGUUAGACAGGCGCGUAGCGACCCUAACAGAAAGCGAGAAGAAAAGAAAAGCUAUGAUUGCAUCAGUCGAACGGGUCUGGGGUACAUUAAUAGACGAUAGCGAGAGCCUGAGGCAUGACUGGGUAACAAAUAGAGGGGUUUUAGUGGGUAUUAAAAGAGGUCGCUAG